ACAACACCAGUCGUGUUUAUGUGGCAAAGGUGAAAACAUGUCGGCCAAAAUCGUGGCGAUAACCCUGGCCAUUUUCUUCGUCGCCGUGUGUCGGGCAUCCUCUCAGGAGACGUUCGACGAUGCGGCGUCAAACUCUUUAAUGUGCAGCAAGAACUGCACGGACAAAUACACAACAGAAGGACUGAUCGACGAAUGUCAACGCGGAUGUCGUUUCCAUGUGAUUGAGGAAUUCUUCAUAUCGAGCGACUUGAAUGCAACUCAAAUGAAUCUUGCCUGUUAUGGCUCAUGCGUUGAGGCUUACAGUGAAAAUUCGUCACGUACUGAUGCCUGCAAGGAUGGCUGUGACAUUCAGCAGAAAAUUGUGAUGGAGAAGAAGGCUGAUGAGGAACCCUCUAUCCACCUGCUGAGUCCUCUGAUGCAAGUUCACGCCAUCUACUCUUCAGUAGUAGGAGCUGUCCACAUCAUCCGAUCCUCCUUGAUCACUUACUUCAUACGUGACGACAACAAGAUUAUUGCUGUGGAGUCAGAACCAGAAAUCGUUUUGGGGAUUGACACAGAAGCUGCGGCCGAUGGAGAGAAUCCCCUCGUUCAGGCACAGGAUUCACGACAACUUACAGUAAAUGAAGAAAAUGACGAACCUUCAGUUGUGAAGUGCGUCUCGCAGCAAAUUGGUGUUCCCCCUUACAUCUUGGUUGCGUCUGUGGUUGCUCUGGUCGUCUUCUCCCUGUAUGUCAUCAUUGCUUUGUGCAGUACCAACAACACAUCAAAGGCCAAAGCUUUUUCAAAUGGAAAGAACAUAGACAUCGAUCCAAUGCCUUUGCCCGUGAAACUUGUGCGACCUGAAGACUUGACGAGGCUAAGCCUGACAGAAGAGGAGGAUCUACAGGCUCCACCUCUACCUACUAAAGUCAAGCUUCCUGAUACAAUGAUCUAGUGUUAACUCAAAUUCCUUUCUGUUCUUCAUACUGUAUUUUUUAUAUAAACUGGUGUAUUUUUUCUUUUGUGAACUUCAGUUUUCACUGGUAUUUGGACAAUGUAUCAGUAUUUUUUAUAGGCAUAGUUCUCUUUAGCAAGCCUGCUUUUAAUCCACUUUGGCUAGUUGUGAUAUUUCUUGGGAAUUAACCAAUAGUAGUGGUGUGCUUUCGUAUUACCUUUGUCGAAGGACAUUGUACAAUAGAGAAACCCUGUAGUACGAGCCAUUUUUAGUGUUCCCUAGCCAAAUCAAAAGAUAUAUAUACAUAAAUACAUUAGUUUUGAUGAUGAGUGCCUCUGUGAAUAAUAUCCAACCUUAGAUUAGUAAAGGUGAUGGAAAUUCAUAAUAUACAAUUACUCUUAGUAUGUAAACCCCUUGGGAUUUUAUUAGGUAGCCAGAGUACAAGCUUUCUGGAAUAUAUCUUUGCUUGGUGUUGUACUGUAGAGUGAGUGGCCACUUGUGCAAUGGCGUUUCCUUGUCUUUCAUAGGCCCUUCAGUUUACAGAAUAAUAACUUGCUGAUACUGCCUUCAUUGCCAGUCUCCUGAGGAAUUUCUACGGUCUUUACCCACCUUGUCCAUCUAGCUCAAUCACCACCUUCUGGUAUUCUAAUCAGAACUUGUAAAUAAAAAGUAAUCUCAAAUCACUCCUUUUCUCUGUACCCUCCACAUCAGAUUUCCUCUGAUUAAACAACAUACUCAGCUUCAUACCCCCGACAAUUCUCUGAAAUGUUAACAGCCUCUUUCUGUAUUUUUCUUCUAUAUAUUGAAAUUAGUGCCAUGAACUGCUUCCAUAGUGCUAUUUUGUGAUUUAACAUGCCUGCAUAACUUUAAUUACACAAGUACAUUGAAAGCAUUUAUAAAUUUUUUUUUUUUACAGAAUUGGUUUUGUAAGCCUAACUGUACUUCAAUACUGUAUAGUUAAAUGUGACUGUUUAAAGUGAAAUGUGCAUUUGCCAUAAUAGCAAGUUACAGUAUUUUGAUGCGUUCCUCUUUAAUAAUCUUUUUUUAUUUUUCUAUUUCUUUUAGUAUAAUAUGAAUCAUGAUUUGAAGUGUGUGAAUAGUGGUCAUACAGAGAAAUUACCCAAUAAAUUAGGAAUCAAAGCACUGCAUGACAAUUCUGUGGUUUUAAUACUGGUAACAUACUAGUAAUUAUUAUUUUUUUUUUUUCUGAAGGAUUUAAAUAAAUGCAAGUGUUGCUAAUCUCGUCCUAUCUUCUACAGAAAAUUAUUCUGUGAUCACUUAAACUGCAUAUAUUAGUUCAAAUUGUCCUGAUUAGCACAACUUAAGUUCUUGUGGCCAAGUUUAAGGAGGGAACUCCCUCCUUGACGCUUAAUAUUUUUAUUUUUGUCAGAUAUAACAACCUGCCAAAGCCAAAUCUUAAAGGGAGGUGAUAGUGUCUCCCACUCAACGUGACCCAUUACGUUCAAUGGGUACCAAAUAUUGGAAUAUGUACUGUAUCCUCCUUCAUAUUCUGCAUACAUUCGGGUAGAAAUUUUAUUUUUGAAAUUUUGAGUGUGUCCAUGGUUUUAUUUUUUCUUUACCUGCUAUAAGUUUUUCUGAAGGUUUUCCUUUUAAUAUGAAAUGUUUGGUGUUGCCUGAAUACAAUAAACAAACAAUUUGUA